AUGGCAGAUAUGCUGCAGCAUAUCUAUGCUGCUCGUGUUGCAAGGAGCCGGUUGGUAUCACUGAAAACGCUGCUCAGUUUUCCAAAUGCAUUCCCACUGACUUUCUUGUUCCUUCGAAUUCUGGGCCUGGCUCAUCUUCCAUUGGCUGUGUCAACCCAAGGUGUUCUCUGCCUGCCAGACAGCCUGACCCUUCACCGAGACCCCCAGAGGCCAAACAAGCCUGGAGAGCUGCCCAUGUUCAGCCAGUCAGAGCUAAGGACCAUCGAGCAAUCCCUGCUGGCCACCCGAGUGGGCAGCAUUGCAGAACUGAGUGACCUAGUAUCCAGAGCGAUGCAUCACCUGCAGCCCCUCCAUGCCAAGCAGCAUGGCAACGGCACGCCCAUGCACCACAAACAGGGGGCACUGUACUGGGAGCCUGAGGCACUGUACACGCUCUGCUAUUUCAUGCACUGCCCCCAGAUGGAGUGGGAGAACCCCAACGUGGAGCCGUCCAAAGUCACCCUCCAGAUCGAAAGGCCCUUCCUCGUGCUGCCGCCUCUGAUGGAAUGGAUCCGAGUAGCUGUGGCUCACGCUAGUCACCGACGCAGCUUCUCCAUGGACAGCGACGACGUCCGCCAGGCCGCCAGGCUCCUGCUGCCAGGCGUGGACUGUGAACCCCGACAGCUCAAGGCCGAUGACUGUUUCUGUGCCUCCCGGAAACUGGAUGCUGUGGCCACCGAGGCGAAAUUCAAGCAAGACCUCGGCUUCCGCAUGCUGAACUGCGGGCGCACGGACCUUGUAAAGCAGGCUGCGUCUCUGCUGGGACCCGACGGAAUCAACACGAUGAGUGAGCAGGGCAUGACCCCACUGAUGUACGCCUGUGUCCGAGGGGAUGAAGCCAUGGUACAGAUGUUGCUGGAUGCCGGAGCUGACCUGAAUGUGGAGGUAAUCGGUACUCCUCAUAAAUAUCCAUCCGUCCACCCUGAGACCCGCCACUGGACAGCUCUGACAUUUGCUGUGUUACAUGGACACAUUCCUGUAGUUCAGCUCUUGCUAGAUGCUGGGGCCAAAGUAGAAGGCGCUUUAGAUCAUGGGGAGGAGAACUAUUCGGAAACACCCUUGCAGCUGGCUGCCGCCGUAGGAAAUUUUGAACUGGUUAGUUUGCUGUUGGAGCGAGGAGCCAAUCCAAUGAUAGGAACAAUGUACAGGAAUGGCAUUUCUCCGACCUCACAGGGAGACAUGAACUCUUUCAGCCAGGCUGCAGCCCACGGACACAGGAAUGUGUUCCGCAAACUUCUUGCUCAGCCAGAGAAGGAGAAGAAUGACGUCCUAUCCCUGGAGGAGAUUUUGGCCGAGGGCACUGACUUGGCGGAGACAGCCCCGCCUCCCCUGUGCGCCAGCCGCAACAGCAAGGCCAAACUGAAGGCCCUAAAAGAGGCCAUGUAUCACAGCGCUGAACAUGGCUACGUGGAUGUCACAAUUGACAUAAGGAGCAUAGUGCCUCCCAGGGGCCAGGCCCUCAUGGCUGGAGCGCAGGCACCGGCCUUUGACAGACCUGGAGAAGGCUUGUCUGAGGAUGGAGGCAGCCUAGCCCAGAAUGAAGUGAUCAGUCAACAGCUAUGUGUCAUCUUCACUCACUGUUACGGACCUUAUCCCAUCCCCAAACUGGUGGAGAUAAAGCGUAAGCAGACGUCUCGUCUAGAUCCUCACUUUCUCAACAAUAAAGAGAUGUCUGAUGUUACCUUCCUGGUGGAGGGAAGGCCAUUUUAUGCACACAAAGUACUGUUGUUUACUGCAUCUCCCAGGUUCAAGGCACUCCUGUCCACCAAGCCGACGAACGACAGCACAUGCAUUGAGAUCAAUUAUGUGAAAUAUCCAAUCUUCCAGCUGGUCAUGCAGUAUCUUUACUACGGCGGUCCAGAGUCACUUCUUAUUAAGAACAAUGAAAUAAUGGAGCUCCUGUCUGCCGCCAAGUUUUUCCAGCUCGAAGCUUUGCAGAGGCAUUGUGAGAUCAUCUGUGCGAAAGGGAUCAACACAGACAACUGUGUGGAUAUAUACAACCAUGCCAAGUUCCUUGGCGUCACAGAGCUCUCCACCUACUGCGAAGGCUACUUCCUCAAGAAUAUGAUGGUCCUCAUUGAGAACGAGGCCUUCAAGCAGCUUUUGUACGAGAAAAACGGAGAAGCGUCGGGUCAGGACGUGCUCCAGGACUUGCAGAGGACGUUGGCAAUCAGGAUACAAUCCAUUCACUUAUCCUCUUCCAAAGGCUCUAUUGUAUAAACCCCCGAGACAAGAGGGCACUCCAAUGGGACCUCACAAGCUCUCUGGCUGCGUCAGCUUCCGACAAUACACACAAUUCCAACCGGCAUGUUCUUGUCUGGACCCAGGAGCUGUCUCUGCUGCCCUGGCUCCUCCCGGCUCAGUGACUGUGUACAGCUCACGUGCAUUCCUGACACCAAGGAGAUCCUGCUGAUCACUGAGUAGUGACUGGGUCCUGCUUUGGAAAUCCAGGGAGGGGACCAUGGAGCUGUGACCCCACUUUGAGCAUCCCUUGAAGCACACCCAUUUGUGCUGGGGACCGCUGAUGGAAAGACACCCAACUAGCGAUGGUUGGGCUUCCCAAUGCCAGAUGGAGCACGGUCCAGUACCCACCCCUAAGAGCAUCCCUGUAUGCGCCUCAGAGACUGGUGGUUGCAGGUUUAGAGAGAUUCCAUCAUGCCUGAGAGAUGGUUGGGACUGUUGCAAUCGUGAGGAACAGUCUUGGCAAAUUUUUAGGGGUGGGAACUUUUUAAAAAAUAUGUUCAUAAAAAAAAUGGGGUAGCCUUGUAGUUUAAAAAUAUAUUUCUAAAAAGCUUAAAAGUUCCUUUUCAACAGAAUUGUGUAUAAGGAUCCGAGUUUGGGAUUUUUCCUCUUUUUUUUUUUAAAGGUCAAAGGUACUCCCUGUGUCAGUGCAAAAGACGAGAUUUCCACCGGUGUUGUUUAUCAGCUGGUUUAAUCUUGCCUCGCCAACCACAGUGACACACAAGAGGUACACUGCCAACAAUCACCUCCAGUUCUGCCAUUGAAGAAACAAUCCUGCAUGCUAAUUGUUAUUUGGGGUUCAAACAAAGGAGCACCUUUUCCUCCUGCCCACCAAAGCCUUUGCAUGGGGCUGGACCCGGGCCACACGAUAUCCACGCUACGUAGUUGCCAAGGAUUCCACGGGACGACGUCAUCUCUCGCUCCACCGCCAUUUUGUGAAGCCAGGGCUGACCGUUUCUUUUCCUGGUGGAGCAUCAUAGUGCAAUGGUUUCCAUGGGAUCACAUUGGUAGAAACUGCAUUUUGAGGGAAG